AUGGCUAAGAAGCUCCCUGAGCGUCGUGAUCGUGUGGGAUUCUGCAUCUUCCUCCUUGCUUCUGAGGGUUUCUGGACAGGCUUCAUCAGAAUACAACGCAAAGCUUGUGGUACUGGGCCGCAAUGGAUUUACUUUGGCCUCAGAGCCCCCUGUGGUGUUCCAGAUAUUCCCAUGGUUGAGUGCCUGUAUGACUACGAAAUUCGCCCCGAGGUCUGGGAGCUUGAGGUCAUUUUUAAGAUCUACCCAAAACGUCUAGACUCUGACGUUAUGGAAACUAUCCCUAAUGUCAUGAACUCCGAUCGUAAUUACGAGCUCGAUUAUGGACUGAACGACGGAUGA